GCUUCACCUGCGCGGGGGCCGCACUACCGUUCUGGAGGUGUGGGGUGCUGGGGGGAGCUGCCGCCAGAGCCAGAGCAGGGGGGCGGGCCAGGGCCGGGGUCUCUCUUUCCCCUCCGCCCUCCCCUUCCCCUCUCCCCCAUUCUCCCUUCUACUAUUUUCUAUGUUAAACGUGUGUGCUCAUUACUUUUAUUGAAAUUUAAAAUAUUUAAAGGUUUGCUAAGUAAGUAAACAGUAGGAAUUAGGUUACUCAAGAGAACAAGAGUUUUUCCUAGUACUUGAGGGCCACUCAAUUAUUAAUCAUUGAAAGCGCCGUGCACCCCGUUCUCAUCCACUCGUUCAAGCCCCCCCUGUGCGCGGGGCCUUCAGACGCUCUAAGGUGAGUCUCUGCGGGCCACUGGCCACCCCUGGAAACCCCUGGAAACAACACAGCGGGGGCUGCGACUGGCGCCCCGGGUCCGGCUUCUCACCCUCCCAUGGCUGCCACCGGGUGGCUCGGGCCCCAGCGGUUACUCGGAUCUUAUAAAGCGUAACUGGGCCUACAUCUGUUGCAUUAAAAACAUGAACAAGUGGGUGAGCUAGAGCGUGGGGAGGGUUGACAGCGGGGCCCGGUCGGGAAAAAUCACGUUUGCAGGUUGCUCGGACAGGAUUCUGUGUGGACCAGGGCGCCGGGCCCUUGCCGCGACCCGGGCCGUGGGGGGAGGAGGUCGUGGGGCCGCUGCCUGGGAAGGUGUACUCUGAGGUUGCCCCGAAGGCCAGGCUGGCGUCGCGGGGGGACAAGCAGGGCUGGGAGGCCGGGAGCAGGGGGCACUGGCAGUCAGACACCCCCCAGCAGCCCCGGGCAUGGGGGCCAAACCCGGUGUGAGGAAGAAGAGCCGUUUUCGGGACCCCUGUGUGUACCAGCUGCAGGUGCCUGUGCCGGUGGGUCACGUGCCCGCCUGGGGCGGCACAGAGGGGGUACCCAGGUUCCGGGAAGCCUGCAUCUCCCUCCGUGGCCUCCACCCCAGGUGCGGGUGCUGCACGAGGGUCCCGCGAGAGGGGGCGCGGCCACUGUUGGGACAGGAGGGAAGGACACGCACCGAGUCUGCAAAAAUCCAGGAGGCGGAAUCGAACCCUGGAAGAGCCCAGUGGAGGGAGCCGGAUGUUAGAGCCCAUGUGGGGCCGCAGCGCUGGGGUGAUGCCGGCCUUGCCCGCCCUGGAGCGGGACUCAGGGAGGGACUCCCACAUCCUGGCCACCGGCUCCUCUGGACCCCCCUGUGAUGAUCUCUGUGAUGCUCCCUGUGUUCCUCCCCAUAGUCCUCCCUGUGAUGAUCCCUGUAGUCCUCCCCAUGAUGAUCCCCAUAGUCGUCCCUGUGAUCCUCCCCGUAGUCCUCCCUGUGAUCCUCUCCGUGAUGCUCCCUAUAAGCCUCCUCAUAGUCCUCCCCGUGAUCCUCCCCGUGAUGCUCCCCAUAGUCCUCCCUGUGAUGCUCCCCAUGAUGCUCCCUGUGAUCCUUCCCGUGAUCCUCCCCAUAGUCCUCCCCAUGGUCCUCCUCAUUAGCAUCUCCGGGGCGGCCCUGCCCCGCGCGCUCGGAGCUGGAACCACAGAACCCGCACCUGCUCCCUGGCUGGCCGCCUCCCUCCAUCCCGCAGCUGCACCACCGCGUGACAGACGGUCGGGGGUGCCCGGGGCCCAGGCUCACGGGGUGCUGGCCGGCAUUGGAGCCACCCCACGUCCCAGUCCCGGUGGUGGUAACGGGGCGCUCAGCUCUGCUCUGAGGCGAGGGCGGCCCCGACGGCCGCGGGAGGAGGGGGCAGGAGCACGGCUGCUGCAGGGAUUCGCCAUCGUCUGCGGUAUUUGCAGAGAAAAUGGAGAAGAUGUGAGCGUCCCAGCGCAUCCAGCUCCAGAUGCCCGCCGGCGGCCCCUGCUCCUGUCCGUCUGGCUUAGAGAUCCAGGGACACGAGGUCUCGGCUCCGGGGAGGUGAUGACGCCCCUGGAGGGACCCGAGGUUUCUCAGUAGCGAGGGGGGCUGGUGCCACUCACGCUCUGCACCCCGGGAUGCUGGGGUUCAGAGGACCCCGCUGGCUCGGCCCGUGGCACAGAGGCGCCGGCGUGGGACGGGGACGUGGGGCCGUUGACCUUCCUGCGCAGGGCGGUAAGGCAAUUCCUAGGCAGGGACGUUUCUCACGAUAAAUCCAAGUCAGCCUUUGAGAGAUUGAGUCCCUGCGACCAAGGUCAUGGGCGACUUGACAGAGCUGGGCGACAUAAAUCAGCAGAACGGAGGACAUGCUUCCAGAUGGAAACGGAGUGGAGAUCUAACCAGGCUGCUGACGCCUGCCCUCUCCUAGCACAGAGGUCAGGGCCAGGGCUCAGAGGACGCCGGGGGGUGAUGCCGAGGUCCCCGUGGGGCGGCGCUGGCUCAGCUCCACGCACCGGAGCUUCACGGUGUGUGUGUCCACCUGUCUCUGUGGGGCCUCGAUUCACUGAGGACGCGGCUGCUGAGCGAGCGCCCUGGGCGUAAGGCCACGCGGUAUAAAUAGGUGACGAAGCCCCGGGCCUGGGGGAGCGCAAGUGAGAAGCAGGGACAUAGGUCAGAGGUCAGAGGAGAGAUACCGGGGAAGCUUCCCCGUCUUCACCGUCACACGUCCACGAGGAUGACAGGUGCGUUGGUGACACUCUCGACCUGCCUGCCCCUGCUGGGAGCCCUUCCCGGACCCGAUCUCUUCUACCCCUCGCAUAGUCCCAAGGGGUCCCUACCGUCCCCGUCCUCGGUGGAGACAGGUUUGCAUAGUUGCCCACAGCCAUGACCUAGUGCGGUAGUGCCCGGAUUUCCACGUGGCAGCCUGACUCCGCCUUCCCCAGGUAAGCUCUGGGCACAGGGCGAGUAGCCUGGUCACCCUGUCCCACCCUGUCCAGCUAAGUGACUCCCAGAGAAGUGUCCAGGUACAUCUGAAUGAAUGAAUGAAUGAAUGAAUGAAUGAAUGAGUGAGUGAACGAGCCCAGGCCGUGCUGGGCGUGCGGCCUGGGCGUGCGCCGUUCCCCACAGCGGCCUCUGUUCACGGGGGAAGCAGGGUGGACAGACGCGUUUCCCUUUCCAGCACGCGCUGCACAGCCCUGGGGGGCAGAGGGGUUCCAGCCCGGGCUCCACCGCCUGCGAGGCUGCGCGACCUGCCUUCGCGGCCCCGGCCCCAGGCACGGCGAGCUCACGGACCCGGGCUCUGCCCGGCCCCUGUUCUCCCGGGGUCUCCCCACCGCUGCCCCUUCUGCCCUCGCCGGCUCCGCACCUGCUCCUCCCACGGCCGCUCAGCUCCGAGGCCGCCAGAGCAGCGCCCUCGGACGUCACCGUCUGGUCUGUUUUCUGAUGUCCCCUCAAGACCUCGGCCUUCUCUAUGCCAUAACGUUUAUUUCAUCCAAUUCUCUAAUUCUUUCUUUCUUUCUUUCUUUCUUUCUUUCUUUCUUUCUUUCUUUCUUUCUUUCUUUCU